AUGCUCCGCGGCGGCGCGCGUGCGGGCCUGGAAGCACGCAUGCGCGGCGCGCGCACCGCCUCCUCUCUGGUCGCCUCACGGGGCGCGCGCGGGGCGGCGGCCGCCAUGGCGGGGGCACGGCGGGAGGCGGUGCGAGGGCUGGUGCAGGAGCUGCUGAGGGAGGAGGCCCCGUCCCGCAUCGCUGCCCUCACCGAGGAGCUGUUCCAGGCGGCGGGGAGCAUCUCUGAGGGGGAUGGGGGCGCGGCUGGGGCAGAGCCCCGCUCCGCCGGCCCGGUGCCCCUCUCGGGCCCGCCGGAGGCAGCGGGGCUUUCCGCUUCUGCGCCCCAGGCGGCGCCGUUGGCCCAGGUUGAAGAGAGUGCAAUAAACCUGUGGAACUGGACUGUGACCAAACACAUGGGUUGCAUUGUCAAUGAUGAGCAAAGAGCUAAAUUACGGUUUGUUGCUUGCAGACUGGUGUGCUUUUGUGAAGGCAGCGAUCCUCCAGAGGCAACUAUUCGAAGACAGAUUUUGAUGUCUAUGAAAACUGGGAAAGGGUGGAUAGAUAUCGGAAAAGCAGAUCUUGCUGAUGAAUUUCUAGAGAUUGCCAUGAAUAGUAUAGAAAAACUGUAUGCGAAGUUACUUAAGGGGAGCGAUGGUGAAGCAGAUAUUCAUGUGCACAAAGCUGAUGUGGAGAAGAACCUCUUCAAAGUACUCUCUUAUCAGGCUGAAUCAGCAGUUGCUCAAGGGGAUUUUCAGAAAGCGGUUAUGUGCAUGCAGCGCUGCAAAGAUAUGUUGAUGAAAUUGCCAAGAGAGACCUGUUACCUGUCAAUCCUCUGCUACAAUUUUGGAGUGGAAACCUAUGAAUGGAAGAGGUAUGAACAGAGCUCCUUCUGGCUCAGUCAGAGUUAUGACAUUGGGAAGAUGGACAUGGAGUAUUCUGUUGGCAAGGAAAUGCGGGCUAAAGUGCUGCGAUUGUUAGCUACAGUCUGUUUCGAGUGGGAUUGCAAUCUGUAUCUUGACAAGGCAUUGAAAGCUAUAACCUUGGCAAAUCAGGAGAAUAUGCAUCCAGCGGGGGUUUUUUUGAAAGUUAAAAUUCUUCUUAAAAGUGGAGCAUCAGAUGAAGAUAUCAACUCAGCUGUUUCAGAAUUGCUGCAUCAUGAGAUGUCUCUAGACUUUUAUUUGAAUACUGUCAAACUGCUGCUGGAGCAUGGAAGGGAAUCAGUUGGUUUUGAUUUUCUGAAAUCUGUUCCUGAACGAUUUGAAUCUUCACCUGACUUUGGAAAAAUUACCCUGUUCCACAUCGAGUUCCUGUUGCAGAAUAAGAGGGAGCUGCUUGCUAAGCAAAAGGUUGAAGAAGUUAUUAUAGGUCAUUAUACUGGGAAACAGCUGUUGCCUGAAGCCUUGAACCAGCUGCACAUCAUCUUGUGGGACAGAGCUGCCAAACAUUAUGAGGCAAAAAACUAUUCUGAAGCUCUUCACUGGUACAGUUAUUCUGUCAGCUUCUACACACCUGGGCAGAUAGAUCAAAACUUGGCUAAGCUGCAGAGGAACAUGGCUUCUUGCUAUCUUCAUCUGAAACAAGUUGACAAGAAUGAACAAGAAGUUGUGGCUAUAAAAGCUUUGGAGUAUUUGUCAGAACGUUUACGAGACUGUCGACAAUUAUUUGCAGCUUUAAAAUGUUUGGUUCGUCUUACGUUGUCAAAGGUCAUGACAGAAAAUGAAGAGAAAAAAGAUGAAGAUAUCAGCUCAAUGCUGACUUACUUGACCUUGGCUCACAAGAGACUUUCUGAGUCUUUCACAGAAGAGAGUUUUACAGGAGACAUGAGGAUCUUUGAAGCUCACUGGUUUAGAAGAGUUGCUUGGAACUUAGCUGUACAGUUCAAGGACUGCCCUGACAAGAUGAGAGAUUUUUUUCUGCUUUCUUUCAAGUUUUCCCAGUUUUGUCCUUCUGACAAAGCUGUUCUAAUUGCUCAGAGGACAUGCCUGUUAAUGGCAGCUGCAGUUGAUCUGGAAAUGGGGAGACAGCAAGUAACACCUUCUGAACAGAUGGAACUUUUGACUCAGGCCCUUCAACAUCUCCAGGCAUGCAAGGAGAUAUGGAAAGUUCUCAAAUUAACAGGAGAUUUUGCUAAAGACCCAACAGACACAUUGUUGCUGCUUUAUGAAUUUGAAGCAAGAUCCAAACUGAAUGAUCCAACACUCUAUGACCUUAUGGAGUCAGUAUGGGAGCAACCACAAAUAGAGGUCAAGACGCUAGAAAUCAUUGCAUCAUUAGCAAUGGAAUCUCCAGCUCGGUAUCCUGUACUGUGCAAGAAAGCUCUCAAGAGUGCACUAAACCUUCACAGAAAGCAGACUGGCAUUGAUGCUGUGAAAUUUAGCAAAUGCUUACAUAGUUUGAUUGAUCUUUCAUUGCCGGCUGGAUUAACGGACUUGGAUAUCUGUGUACUGCAGGAGGUGUGGGACUACUUUGAAGAUGCUCUGAAUGUAGUGAGCAGCACAGAUGCUUACCCAGAGAUGGAGAUACUUUGGUUGAUGACAAGAGCCUGGAAUACAGGAAUACUUCAGUAUACUGUUGGUAAAUAUAAUGAAGCUGAGCAGUGGUGUGGAUUAGGAAUGCGUUUCCUCAGUCACUUAGGACCUCUGAAGAAAAGCUAUGAAAGCCAUUUUGUAGCUGGUGCUCCUACCUUGAUUCAGCACAAGUGCAAGUGUGGCUGGUGUAUGCAGUCAUUGUUCAUUCUCUUAUGCACAAGCUGAGCAAUCAAGAGCUGGUUGCAACUUUUAUACCACUUUAAGUACAUUUGUUAAGACAAUAAGAACUGAGAUCAUGCCCUUCCAAUCUCAACCAUUCUGAAAUUCUGGGAAUAGGUUUAUUCACUGAUGUAAGACUCAGCUAUGAGCUUAUACUUUAUGUCAGUAUAAAUAAAACUACCUUUGUUAGGUUGCACUGAUUUUAGUAUUUUUUUCUUAAACCACUGUAAAUCUGUGCCAGAAUCUUUGUAUCAAUCUGAAAUUUUAGGUGUAGAAGGUGGUGGUACUUCCACCUAUUCCUUUGCUUUUGUUCCCUGUUGGUUUGUUGUAUUAUCUAAUUGAAUGUUACAACUUUAUCUAUCGUUGACAACUGUGGUGCUUAUAUUCUCCAGAUGAUUGGUCUUUAUAGUGAGGUUCUGGACAAAUUGGACAGAGCAAAAGGGUUUCUUCCAAAUGAAGAAUAAUGACAGCCACAGCUACAAAAAAGGAGGAAGCAGUCAUUCUUGGACACGUUCUGAUGAAUGAAAGAGGCUGAUAGCUCUGCAAAGGCAUGGGGUCAUAGGAGCAGUGGAAAAGAGACCAGGAUCUCCUUGUUGGCGAUUAAGUUAUGUACUUUUUGGGAAGUGUUUAUAAAUGUAACUGUUUUCCUCUAGGAAAUAGUUUUCGUUCUCUGGAGUAUUAUAACAGUUAGAAAUAAAUACUUAAUUUUUUCAUGAGACAUGUCUGCUGUUGUGUAACAGGUUGGUUUAAAUACCUGAUUUUAGUAAAGUGACAAGGAGAACAAUAAAAGUAUUCCAAGACCAAGCAUCCCCUCUGGAUGCCAUAGCUGCCUUGCUACAUAAGUAUUUAUCAGAUUGUUUAGUAUUCAGUCCCUUUCAGUAUGGACAAGAAUUCAGAAGCUGUUUGUCAAUUCCACAAUUUAG